AUGGGUAAGGUUCACGGAUCUCUCGCCCGUGCCGGUAAGGUCAAGGCUGCCACUCCCAAGGCAAGUAAACCCUUCGAAGACUCCCAGCGCCACCUCGACGAGACAUCCGCGGCACACAUGUGUCGCGAGCGUCUGCUCCAUCGCCAGGUUGAGCCCCAGGAGAAGGCCAAGAAGCCCAAGGGCCGUGCCUACAAGCGCAUCUUGUACACCCGCCGUUUCGUCAACGUUACCAUGACCGGUGGCAAGCGCAAGAUGAACCCCAACCCCGGCUCAUAA